GUAAACAAAGUCGAGAAUUCAAAUUCACAGGGUUAUAGUCAAGAUGGCGGCAAUGCGAGCACGGAUGCGCAAAGAAAUGGAGAUGCUGGAGAACGAUCCACCGCAUGGUAUAUGCGCGUGGCCCAAGGACAACAAGUUGGACGAACUCGAAGCCCAAAUCCAAGGUCCAGAGGGGACGCCGUACGAAAAAGGCAUAUUUCUAUUGAGCAUCACAAUCCCUGAACGGUACGUUGCCAUACAGCCAUCGUCAAGUUGUCAUGAGUACUAGGUACCCCUUUGAACCCCCGAAAGUGCAGUUUGUUACCCCCAUCUUCCACCCAAACAUUGACAACGCCGGACGCAUCUGCCUCGACACGUUAAAGAUGCAGCCCAAGGGAUCGUGGAUGCCCUCUGUGAACCUCUCGACGCUUCUCACGACCAUCCGAUUGCUCAUGACAGACCCGAACCCUGACGAUGGCCUCAUGCCUGAAAUUACGGACCUGUUCAAGCAAAACCACGCGCUGUUUGUGUCCAAAGCCACUGCCAUGACAGCUCAACAUGCAAACGCGUCACAUUCUACCCCCGCAAGGGCGUUGCAUGCUGCAGCCCAUAACGAGGACGAGUCCAAGCCAGCCAUGUCAUUGGCCAACGAGAGCAAUUCAUCGAGCAGCGACGACAGCAGCAGUGAGAGUAGUCAAGGCGAAGAAGCCAGUGGGAGCGAUGGCGAUGGCCAUAGUGACGCUGAUGUCGAACGUCCUGCCAAGCGAGGCCGGUUGGUUUAACGGGUAGCUGUAGUUUACCCUCAACAGUAGAACACGAUGGACAAAUUUGGAUUUUUCAAUCAGAUAUUUGGGGAAAAACCCUCCAAUUUUCGAG